AAUGUAAUGAAUAAUUUGUUAUCGUAGUGUUUUAAGCACGUGGACUUAAUUGACCAUUUAAUUAACUUUUUGAACUUUCUUAGGAUUUCUAAUUAAUUAUUAAUUUCAUUUUCUUGUUGCAUACUGUAUUCUGUUUGGAGUAGAUAGCAAUAAUUAUGGUCAGUAUUUUAUGUAAAUAAUUAUUUCCUUCUUAUUUGAGGUCCCUUAUGAAAACCAUCUUUGAUGAUAAGGCUUCCUCACAAAAGAAUGUUUAAAAAAAAGGAAAAAAAGUUUAUUAAACUCUACAGUGCCGGUGGUGUACACAUUAUACGUACUAUUGAAGGCAUAACAACAAUACUAUAGAUUUAUUUUUGAUAUUUUGUUAUACUUAUAGUUGCCUUUGGAGAUUAUAUAUUAAUAUAAUAUAAUGUUAGACCGGGAGAGGGGGAAACCUGACUCGACUCCGCAGGGUUAUAUUAGGGUAAGAGACACAACGAAGUGAAUUUCGACGCUGAAAUUCAAUUCCAUCAGACUUUUCAAUUUUUCAUUAUUAAAUGUAUUUUUGACGUUGAAGUUACCUGUUGGAGACAGGUCAAGUUUUAUUAUCUCAUAGUUAAUAUUAGUUAUUUAGUUAAUUAGACGAUCUUUAAUCAUAUAGUUAGAUGAGUGACGGCUGUCACUAGGUGAGAGAGAACUGAGACAGAACUGAUAAUAUAGAAUAGAGAGAGACGGGACAUAUAGCAAGACCGAGACGUGAGUGAUUUAAUAUACUGUGAUUGAGAGAAUAUAAUAAAUUUAUAAAACUUUGUUGUGAUCUUUGGUGGACUACAAUUCUAACCAACGGAGGCAGAAUAUCCACUAAAUCCUGGCACCUCCGACACGGGAUUUAACGUAUCUGUAUUUACUGUGGUAAAUCUUUAUACAUGUGACUAUGGAACUGGCAGAGUCGAAGCUAAAGGUUAAGUUAACACAACUAGAACUAUCUGUGAAGAAAACGGCGAAUAUUUUAGAGAAAGGCAAAGAGGAGGCAAUUGAGCGUCAUCUGAGCGCUCUUAAAGUGAUAACUAGUGAAGUCGAUCAAUGUAAACGAACAGUCGAAGAGCUGAAACUUGCGGAUAAAACCGAUCUCGAAGCGAUCGCGGAAUUCGAGGCAUCUGUUGACGAGAAAAUCGAAGCGGCGGACGACGAAGUAACGCGAAUCAAGCAAUGGCUCCAAGGGAAGGAAGCAGAAAGAGAUGCCGAAGAAAAGGAAGGUAGGAUACGGUUUGAGAUGAAAUUACAUCAACUUAAGUUAGACUCAAACCCUGUACCAGCCUUAAAGAGUGACAUGCAAAAAUGUAGAGAAUGUCGAAUUGAUUAGCGCAAAACUGCCCAAGAUUGAGAUAACAAGAUUCGAUGGGUCGCCCCUUGAUUGGCCACGAUUUUGGGGUCAGUUUACUGAGACUGUGGACAAACGUUCUAUAGCACCCGUGAAUAAAUUUGCCUAUUUGUGUGGGUUUUUGUCGCCCAAAGUUAAAACUAUCAUCGAAGGCUUACCUUUCGACCCCGAGGGUUAUAAUCGCGCCAAAGCCAUACUUCAAGAUAGGUAUGGCAAGAAUUCAGAAGUUAUUAAGGCUUACGUCAAACUAAUUAUGGAUCUGCCAACUAUCAAUCAAGUUAAUCUUAAGAAAAUACAUCAAUUUAACGAUCAGUUGAUGCAUGCUGUCCAAGCACUUCAAACCCUAAAGAAAUUAGAGACGGUGAAUGGUUAUGUACCCAUGACCUUGGAUAAACUUCAAGCGAUCAGGGGGGAUUUAGUGCGCACAGACCCAGAUUGGGAAGACUGGGACUUCUCAAAAUUAUCCGAAGCUCUCCGAUUAUGGGCACGAAGAAACCCGAUCGUUGAAACAAAUGAAAGGGAUGAAAACAAAUCGUGGAAGCACGAAAAAUCAAGAAAGUUGCUUUUCUCGAAAGCGCCAGAGCGUACGUGUGCAUAUUGCGAGGGGGGAGACCACAAAACCGUUUCGUGUAGCAAAAUUACCGACGUUAGUACUCGCAAGGAGAUUUUAGCGAAGAAAAAACUUUGUUUUAACUGCGCAGCCGGUAACCACAAAGCAGCGAACUGUCCAAGCAAGCGUUCAUGCCAAAACUGCGAAAAGAGACAUCAUACGUCCAUCUGUGAUACCAAUUCGAAGGUCAACCUGAUGGGUAUGACAAGUAAAACCGGAAGCGAGGCUAUUCUUCCAGUCGUAGUCGUAAACGUCAACGGUGUAACAUGCAGAGCACUUAUAGAUUCUGGUGCAGGAAGCUCCUAUGCUUCUGCGAAAUUAAUAGAUGCCCUAAAACUAAAGCCCAUGGAAACAAAAACCACCCGAAUUGACAUGUUGAUGACGUCACAGGUUACCCAUCUCGAGGUUUAUAAAGUCAAGGUGCAAGCACUUGACUCGAAUUAUGAACUCGAAACGAACUUGACGAAAGUAAAUAAGAGUCAGUUAUUAGUUGUCGAUAACCCCCAAUACAAGAAUCUUCUGCAGAAGUAUCAACAUCUGAACGAGUAAAACUGAACGAGACCGAGACCAAGAAAUCCCUUCCAAUCCACGUCGUCCUGGGAAGUGGAGAGUAUGCACGUGUCAAAACUCAAGAGAGACCACGAGUUGGAAACGAAGGAGAGCCAAUAGCCGAACUUACAAAACUGGGUUGGUUUGUGAUGAGUCCUGGUACCGAGUUCGACGAAGCGAAAAUGUUGUUGACCCAAACUUCCCAAGCUGAUUAUGAAGCCCUCUGUCGAUUAGAUGUCCUUGGACUCGAAGAUAAAAGCGAACACGACCAAUUGACAGUUUACGAAGAAUUCAAAGAGCAGUUGAACAGAUCACCUGAAGGUUGGUACGAGACGGGACUACCGUGGAGAGGGAACCAUCCACCCCUUAAGGACAACCGGGAAGGAAGUUUGCGACGGCUUACCGCUCUUCAAAACCGGCUGAAAAAACGAGAUCUCACAGAACCUUACGCCGCUGUGAUUGAAGACCAAAUUCAACAAGGAAUCGUCGAAGAAGCACCACCGCAAGUGACGGGAGUCGAGUUCUAUAUACCCCACAAGGAAGUCAUCCGAGAAAGCGCUGCCACGACAAAGCUCCGAGUGGUGUACGACGCGUCCGCGAAACCAUCCCCACAAGAUCCUUCAUUGAACGAUUGCCUUAACCCUGGACCACCCUUACAAAAUAAGAUGUGGGAAGUCCUCGUACGACAGCGAACUUUUCCUGUUGCUUUAACGGGAGACAUCACGAAAGCAUUUCUUCAGAUCCGCAUCAGAGAAACGGAACGCGAUGCACUACGGUUCCACUGGACGACAAAGAACGGUGAGUUACGGAUCCUUCGGUUUACUAGAGUUCUGUUUGGCCUCAUCUCAUCGCCAUUUCUUCUCGGGGGAGUCAUAGCUUCACACCUAUAACGAUGGAAACGUGAACAACCUGAUGACGUAGAAGAACUAGAACGGUGUCUUUACGUUGAUGACAUCAUAAGUGGAGGGGAAUCUGUGGAACAAGCGAAAGCUCGGAAAGAAACAGCAACCGUCAUUCUCGAAGACGCAACCUUCAAACUCCAUAAAUGGGCUUCGAACGUAAGUGCACUUGAAGACAACGACGAUGAGUCCGAAGUAAUCGAAGACCAACCAGCUGCGAAGCAACAGCUGGGAGUAAAUCCACAAGAAUCCAAGAUCCUCGGAUUGCCGUGGAACAAAGUAAGCGACACACUAAGUGUUCUGUUUCCAAACGAAGAGAGCAAGACGCCAACCAAACGAGAAAUAUUAAGUAGACUCGCGAAGACCUACGAUCCACUAGGGCUUGCAUCUCCUAUUACCUUACAAGGAAAAUUGAUCUAUCGGGAGAUCUGUGAUACAAAGUUACCGUGGGAUGCAGAACUCGAAGGUAAUCUACGAAGACGAUGGUUGUCAUGGGAACAAUCAAUGCCCUUAUCUGUGACCGUACCAAGAUCAAUAGCUGCAUACCGUGAACCCAUAACAGAAAUCCACCUCCAUGCUUUCGGAGACGCGAGUGGUCAAGGAAUUUCUGCUGCUGUUUACGGGGUGAGCAAACAAGAUUCGGGAGAGACACAAAAUAAUGCUUAUCGCGGCCAAAUCACGUCUGGCGAAGAGAGGACUUACUAUUCCAAGGCUAGAACUUAUUGCGGGGCACAUGGCGGUGAAUCUAGUGAAAAAUGUUGCGAAAGCACUAUUGGAGAAGACCAGGUCACCGAACAACACUGUUGGUCGGACAGUACUGUUGCCCUCUACUGGAUCGAAGGAACGGGUGAAUAUCGGCAGUUUGUUGCAAACCGUGUUGCAAAGGUUCGUUCUCACACCUCAGUCAAGUGGCAUUAUGUUCCAACAAAUCAGAACCCCGCAGAUCUGGGAAGCAGAGGAGGGCAGUUAACGGGGCUGUGGUUGAACGGUCCAAAGUGGUUAGGAACACCAGAGAAUUGGCCAGAAAGUCCAAUCAUCCAAUCAUCGAAAGAAUCGCAAGCUGAGGCAAAGAUCGUCCGCGAGAUCUUGUGCACAACACAGACAACGAAAGAAAGCGAUGACUUAGAUCUUGUUUUGGAAAGAAACGAAUUGGGUACAACGCUGAGAGUCACUGCCUGGAUACUCAGAUUCGUCCACAAUUGCAAGAACCGUGAGAAACGGAAAGGCCCUUUGAAUCCUUCAGAAACGGAAGAGGCGAAACGAUGGUGGAUCAAACGCAUCCAGAGUGAGGACAGCAAAAAUCUCCAGUUCGCCCAAACGAAGGAAGUUCUCAACCUUAAAGAGAACCAGGACGGGAUGUUGGCAUGCCAUGGUAGAGUACAAGGAGCGCACCCAAUUUACCUGCCAACGAAAGCAACAUUCACAAAGAAGUUAGUCAGGAGAAUUCACGUCAACACCUUACACAGCGGUGUCGGUCUGACCAUGGCUGCUAUAAGAGAGACGUACUGGGUUCCGAAACUAAGACGACUGGUGAAAACGAUACGACGCGAAUGCUGGGGAUGCAAGCGGUUUCGGACAAUAGCGAUCAAGACUCCAGCACCAGGCUAUCUUCCAACAAAUCGAACAGACGGGAAAACAGCGUUCGAAGUCGUAGGAGUCGAUUUUGCUGGGCCGAUUAGGUACAAGAAAACCAAGAAAGAGUCGAAAGCCUAUCUAGUAAUCUUUGCGUGUAGUUUAUCGCGAGGAAUUUAUUUGGAACUGCUUCCUGAUCUCACGACAGAAAUGUUCGUUCCCUGUUUGAAAAGAUUCAUUGCUCGAUGCGGUAGACCUCGGGUGAUCUAUUCUGACAACGGUGGUACGUUCAUAAAAGCAGCUAAAUAGUAUAGUAUAGUAUAGUAUAGUAUAGUAUAGUAUAGUAUAGUAUAGUAUAGUAUAGUAUAGUAUAGUAUAGUAUAGUAUAGUAUAGUAUAGUAUAGUAUAGUAUAGUAUAGUAGUAUAGUAAAACUUUAUUUAACCACGCUUCCCUCGUCACCCAUGGAUGAUUUUCAUGAGGGGUGUCACACAAAUUACAUUCUAAAAACUAAUAUAAAUUAAAUAUGAAAUAGAAUAACAUAGAAUAACAAAUACGUAAAAACCAAGACUAUUCGAUGCCUGACUCUGUAGCACACAUUAUUUUAUCAAAUUUUUGAAACUACUUAAAGAUUCUGUUUGCUUUGCCUGCGUAGGUAAACUAUUCCAUAGAACAGGCCUGCUAUAUCCAAAACUCUUUUUUAAAUAUUCAGUACGUGGUUUAGGAACUGAAAGAUUUAUAUCAUCAUUUCUGAGAUUAUAAUUAGUACUAAGAUUUAUGUCCCUUGAUACAAAUUUAUCCUUUAAGUUCGGAGCUGAGUGGUUGUUUAAUAUUUCAAGAGAGGAUGUCCACAAGAAUCAAACAUAAAGCGGCCACGACUGAAAAAUCGAUUUUGCUCAAAUUUUGCCCAGAUAUACCUUAUUAUAUCGGAAAAUGCACCAUAUUUUUUUUUAGGUCAAAUGCUUUUUAGCUUUGAGAAAAUGCCGUUUUAACACGACCACCAUAAAUCGCCAUUUUUUCUGGGAAAAUAUGCGCUGAUUUUACAGAUAAAUUUCACGACGACAACCGUUUCUAAUCGAUCUAAAACCCUAAAAAUCUUGUUUCCGGUUAUUCAAAGGACUGUGUACAUGAUUUACAGGAAAUCUGAGUUACUUUUAGGAAUAGAAAUUAUCGUAGUUUUGGAGCACACUAUCUUACUUCAUUUACGAUACCCUCUUAACAAAAUCGAUUUUCACCAUGCGAUAAAGCUCCAAAUCGAUCAUGCUUCUACUGGUUGGCUCUUUAAUAAACAAGCUUUCAAUUGACGUAAAUACUUCUUUUGGCAAAUGAAUACGCGAUAAACGACAGCGCGUUGAAAUCUUCCGUUUUUGACGUCUUGCAAGUCAAACGCUGUUAAUUUAUACACCGUCAAAGUAAACAAUUUAAUCAAGUAUUCUAAGUAUUUUACCUUUUGAGAAAAAACAUAUUCUUGAAUGGGGACUUUUCGCUUUGCUAAGUUUAAAAGUGGUCCAGAAAUCCCGGUAUAUUUGUAAAAAAACAUCAAACAUCCAGUAUUUUGAGACAUUGUUGACGGUUGCAUGAUAAUUUCAGAUCAUUAUUCAACGUGAUCUACGACCCGGCCGUUUGACUUUAGCACUAACAAAUACAAAUCGAUGAGCUAUUUAAGGAUUAUAUUUGCUACUAAAUUCCCCAAAAGAAUUGGAACUACAACUGCUGCUUUCAGAGGUUUUGAUCCAUUUUGUCCAUAUUAAUGUACCAUUAUAUUUAUCGACUGAUGUUUACAAAUACUUAUUAAGUUAAUAAUUUAGCAGCUGUUAGCGUGCGUGUACAUGUGCAUGUGAAAUGAACGUUUAUAAUGUUUAUCCAUAUAAGGAGUUUUUAUUUUUAGUUUACCAGCCCUUAUAUUUGAAUAGUCGUUUUCUUUCAAGUUGUUUUCUUUUUCCCCCCCCCCCACCCCCAAAACGAACAUAUGACGUUUCUUGUGGAAAAAAUCGAUAUAUGAGGCUUCCCUAAAACUGCAAGGUUUACACUAUUGAAUUAAAAUCCGACAGACCACAACGAUUAUACGUAUUGAUUGUUUCUUGACGAUAGUAGACGGGUACGUGCAUGUUGCGGAAGAGGUUAUUUCGCUGGCCUCAGAGUGACAAAAGGUACCCUGGUUCGAGAGUUUAAAAUAAUAAACCUCUGUUUGAAAGCGGCAAUUAAUUCAUCGAGCCGCGCCAAUCAGCUUGAAUUAGGGUAGAUAGUUAUGAUAAGAAAAGGGCGGCGCCAGGGCCGCCCAUGCAGGGAGGCGGCAAAGGGAGCAAUUUUCUCCGCGACCCCAGCUCAAGGAAGACAGGCAAAUACAAAUUUGCAAGGCGAUAAAAAGUUUGUCGACGGAGGGGGGUAAUUGUGGUUCACCGGGGCCCCAAAGAAUAUAAUUGGCCCUGGGGCUCCAUAUUUCACUGAACUGGUUUGUGCUGCACCAGUAUUUUUCCGACAGGGGGUGUCAUCAGUGCUAUCUUUUGAUCUUUGUCAAUUGGCAAAAAACCCGCAAGAACUACCGACAAGUGACCAGGGCCGGAUUAACGUCGCGCGAGGCCCGUGGCAAAUUUUAGCGCGAGGCCCCCAAACCUCCCCCUUUCUUCUUUUAUGAAAACCAUUGAAUUUAAAGACACACAAAAGUGUUAAAUAAUUUUUUUCAAUAUUUCAAUUUAUUUGCAUCAAUUAUAAACGAGAUAAUGGCCUGCCUGGCGCAGUUGGUGGGUAUAAACAGGAUCAUAAUAUAACAGCUCAACACAACUAGAGAUUUUAUUAUACAUUUAAUAUGUAUUCUCGUUUCUAAUUGGUCAGAAAGCAACGGCUAAUUUUCAGUAUUCGGCAUUUAUUACGUAUUUUCCGCCGAUGACGUCAUCAGCGUCCAAUAAUUGUUUUUUUGGAUCGAACUUGCAUCCAAAAUAAAAAUUAUUGGACUCUCUCGUGCCCAAACCCUUGCGCGGCCAAAAGCUUGAACCUAUAAGCGCGGGAAAAAAACAAACAAUGGCCGACAGCAGAUUUGCUUCGCUGAAUGAAAGUGAACUCUCCAAAUUAUUGGCAGAUAAGGAUAGUGAAAGCACGAAAAAAGCCACAAAGGGGUAAAUAGAAGUAGAAAUAUAAUAUUUAGCUGACCUUUGACUUUGUGCAAGGUAUUUGAUAUUCAAAUUGUACUUUUCCUACCUCAUGAACAGGAAUCGUUUUAUACGUUUCUCAUGUCUUUAAAUGUAUAAUAAAACAAUUAUUGGAUUCUGCUUUCGCAUGAUAUCAAGAAUUAUUCAGACCUCGGUCUAUGUUAUCCGCCUCAGCUUCGCUUCGGCAGAUAACAUUGACCUCGGUCUGAAUAAUUCUUGAUAUCAUGCUCAGCCUCAUCCAAUAAUUGCUUAAUAUGAACACGAGUAUUGCAUAUUUUCCCGGGGCCGUGCUAGGGGCCCUAAAUGCGUGAGGUCCCUAAAUUCGCGAGGCACCUAAAAUGGGUGUGUCGCAAUAGAAAAUGGCCGUGUUCUCGUAAAAAUUGGCGUAGCAUAGUAAAGCGCGAGGGCCGCGGCAUUUGCCGUAUUUGACACGUGGUUAAUCCGGCGUUAAACGAGCAACAAGCUUUCAUUUUCUUUAAACGUGACGUGUGCAUGGGGGAGACAAUAAUAAUUUGUGGUGUCGCACUGGGCCAACAUAUCUCAAUGCUGUAUUUUUGGGUACUAGUAUUUGUGAAAUAUAAUAAGAUCAAUAGACAUUAGUGUAUCAAAAUAAAGUAAUUUUACUGAUUAUUUUCACUGUGCAUCAAAGUAAACACACAUUAUUCUAAACUACAGUAUUUGCUAUAUGCCUAUAAUUUGAGUUUGAGGUGGUAGAAUAUAUAAUAAAAUAACAAAUCCUUGUAUGGAUAAAUGUUCAUUUCACACACACGCUAUUAACAGCUGCUUAAUUAAUAAUUAACUUAUGUAUUCGUAAACAUUUAUACUCGAUAGUCGAUAUGUAAAUACUAAAUGUACAUUAUAUGGAUCAAUGCAAAUUGGAACAAAACAACAAUUGUCAAUUGAAGUUCUAAUUUUGGGAAAUUUAGUAACAAAUAUAAAAUCCCUAAACAGCUCAUCGAUUUGUAUGUUUGCGCUAUUAAAGUAUAUGUUGGAGAUUGUCAAUAUUUAAUAUUUAACAGUUUAUGGCAUACCUGAAGUUAAUUAAUGCGCAAGUGUCAAUCAAAAAGCAUGCGGUUUGUACAUUGCAAGAAUUUUGUGUGAUUGUGUUGAGACGGGGCGAGAAUAAAUAUAUUUUUCAUAAAAGCGUUGAAAUCUCUACUUUUAGUGAGUUGUUGUGAAUAUAGGAGGCAAUUCACGACACAGUGGCACCUCCGAACGGGAUUAAUCGUGAGUUAGCUCGAAUCAAGAGCAAAAAACCCGUGCUUGUUGUGAAGAAUCGACAUUGUGAAAUAAUAUAUUUUAUAUAUUCUCGAGAAAAACAUGGAUAAACAACUAAACGAACUCGCGAGCAAAGUAAAAGCCCUGAGAUUUAGGCAAGGAAAAACCGAAGAAAUAAUGGCUAAACAAGACCGGCAAGCGUCUGAGCGUCAGCAAGAAUCUAUUGACAAUGUCACCAAAGCGAUAAUCAAUCUUAAAGAGACCAUAGAAGAAAAGAAGUUUUCCAAGGGCGAGAGCGAAGAAGACGUCGAAGAAUGGGCUAAAGAAUACGAAGACGAACUUGCUAUAGCGGACGAAAAUGUACGAAGAUUGGCUCAACAAAUUAAAGAAAUCGAUCGCCGAGAACAACACGAGAAGGCAGUGCAAGAUCAUAAGAAAAACCUUGAAUUUGAGCGAGAAUUACUCGAGCAAAAAGCUGAAUUUGAGAAAGAACGCGAGAAAGAGAAAGCAAGCGAAGCAGAAAAUAGCGAACAAUGUAAACAAAAUUCUGCCGCUAAAUUACCGAAGUUACCUAUAACGAAAUUUGACGGCAAAUUCGAAUCAUGGCUCCGUUUUGGGGAAAAUUUACGUCGGAAAUCGAAUCAACGAAAAUACCAAUCUUAACGAAGUUUGCCUACUUAAAAGAAUUACUUGAUGAGUCUGUACGUUGUGACAUUGACGGCCUGCCAUUUACCGAAGCGGGAUACUCGAAAGCCAAAGAUAUUCUCGAAACCGAAUACGGACAGUCAGCUGAAGUUGCGAACGCAUACAUAGUAAAUAUCACCAAUCUACCGGUAAUUUCAGGGACAAAUCCUACUAAAAUACACGAUUUCUAUAAACAACUGAGAUAUAACGUUCAAAGUCUUGAUACACUUGGCAAAUUAGAUGAUGUGAGAGGAAAUGUGCGAGCAACUUUGGACAAGUUAAAGGGAAUAAAAGCAGACCUAGUACGCGGAAAUGAAGGCUGGCAAAAAUGGAGCUUUGAUGAUCUUCUAAAAGAGCUGAAAAAGUGGAAAGAUAUCAAUCCGAUCGAGGAAAAAUCAGAGCCAAAAGAUUAACUAAAAGGCGGGAAAGGUUCAAGAUCGAAGGUGUUAAGUGCAGAGCCCUGCUCGACACCAGAGCAGGCAGUUCUUACGCGUCGGCAGCACUGUUGGAUCGCAUUCCAAAGCGGCCGUCCAAGAGAGAAAUACGAAAAAUUGAUAUGAUGCUCGGUGUGACUACGAGGGAAGUCGAAUUGUUAACCAUUGAAAUCAAGGGAACAUCGGGUAAAUUUUCUAUGAAAGUCGAAGUCACCAAGGUGAACAAAGGAGAACUUGUGUUCAUGGACAAUCCGAGAUAUCAGAACAUGAUAGAGCAAAACCCACACUUGAAAGGAGUCAUCAUGGAAGACAUUGAUCAGAAAGAGCGACUUCCGGUGCACAUCAUUCUCGGAGCAAGUGACUAUGCGAUGUUGAAAACUGAUCAGCCACCCAGAGUUGGUCAACCGGGGCAACCGGUAGCUGAGUUGACACAGUUUGGAUGGACCAUCAUGUCCCCUGGAAAAGAAUCCUGCGACGCGACCAAUAUGCUUUUGACUCAGACAUCCCAGGCUGAUUACGAAGAACUGUGUCGCCUGGAUGUCUUGGGUUUGAAAGAUACACCCACCAACGACCAGCACAGUGUAUUUGAUGAGUUCAAAGAACAACUCACCCGGGACCCAGCUGGUUGGUACGAAACAGGGCUACCGUGGCGCGGCAACCAUCCUGUAUUACCCAACAACGAAGCUAAUAGUUUGCGACGAUUAGCAAGUUUAACGAACAGACUCGAGCGGCAAGGUUUGACAACCAAAUACGGGGAGAUAAUGGAGGAACAAAAGGCAGAGGGGAUAAUUGAGAAAGCUGAACUGCGGAGCGUAGGAAGAGAAUUCUACAUCCCACACAAAGCAGUUAUUCGACCUGAUGCAGAAUCCACAAAAAUCCGAGUCGUCUAUGACGCUUCUGCAAAAGCACAUGACGGUGUUCCAUCGCUGAAUGAGUGUCUACAUCAGGGACCAACAUUGCAAAAUAGAAUGUGGGAUGUGUUAGUUAGAGGACAGUUUCAUCCAGUAGCUCUGACGGGUGACUUGCAAAAGACCUUUUUGCAAGUACGUAUUCGCGAAAACGACCGAGACGCGCUUCGAUUUCACUGCCGGAAAGAUCAGCAAUCAGAACUAGAGACCUUGAGAUUUACCAGGGCACUUUUCGGGCUUGUAUCAUCUCCCUUCUUGUUGGGGGGAGUCAUUGAUGCACACCUGAGUAACUGGGAAGAAAGAAAACCGGAAGUAGUAGCAAAACUGCGUGAAGAGUUGUACGUGGACGAUUUGAUAACGGGGUCAACAUCAGUAUCGAAAACAGAAGAAGUUAAAGAGAAAGCAACAACUAUUUUCGAGGAUGCGAGGCUUAAGCUUCACAAAUGGCACUCGAAUGAGCGUGAAUUAGAGACGACACAGUCUCAAGACGGUGAUCCUACGCAUGCAAAACAGCAGUUAGAGACCCCAGAAGGGGGAGAUAGUAGCUUGCUCGGACUUGCGUGGAAUAAAGAACGAGAUACAGUCGCUGUUACAAUGCCCACUGAAAAGACGGUGUUCACCAAACGGGGCGUCUUGGCAAAGCUCGCCAGGAUGUAUGACCCUUCGGGCUUCGUAUCUCCUUUAACGCUUACGGGUAAACUUAUCUACCGUGCAGCAUGUGACACCAAGAAUGCCUGGGAUGCACCACUUUCAGAAACCCUCGCAAAGUUGUGGAACAAGUGGAACAGUGAAUUUCCAGUACAAGUGGAAACUGAGAGAUCUUUGGCAGUUUAUCAAGAGCUAAUUGAAGCCAUCCAACUGCAUUCCUUUGGAGAUACGAGCGGUAACGGGGUUGCGGCGUGUGUCGAUUCGGGGACCAACCAAGGCCUAGUCGCGGCGAGAUCAAGACUACCGAAGCGAGGAUUAACGAUUCCGAGGCUUGAACUGGUAGCGGCGCAUAUGGCAGUCAACUUGGCUUCAAAUGUAAAGGAGGCAUUGAUCGGAUUUCCGGUUACGAAAUUUCAAUGUUGGUCGGACAGCUCGGUAGUUCUGCAUUGGAUUACGUGGGACGGGCAAUUCGAAAGGAUGAUUGGGCUCGUGAAAGCAGCGUUAAGCAAGACCAUUGGAAACGGUUUCCUGCGAUGGAACGAGUUAGAGGAAGUAUUGCUUGAUGUCGAGGUGGCGGUAAAUAACCGUUCAUUAUCUUACGUGGAGGAUGACGUGCAAUUUCCAGUGUUAACGCCAAGUUCGAUGUUGUUUCUGAAUAGUAAUAUUUUACCCGAAUUGCAACCACAUAAUAUUGAGGACGGUGACCUUAGGAAACGAGCGAAACACUUGAUGAAAUGCAAAGAAGCGCUUUGGAGACGGUGGACCCAGGAAUAUUUGCGUAGCCUUCGUGAGAGACAUCGUUCGAGCAGUGCCAACGGUAGGAGAUGUAGUGAUUAUUGCAACAGACGAGAGAAAACGUGGUCGUUGGCCGUUAGGAAUUGUCGAAGCACUGAUUGUGGGAAAAGAUGGAAAAAUCAGGGGAGCCAAAGUACGUACAGAAAAGUCUAAAAUUGAGCGUGCCGUGCAGCAUUUGUACCCACUAGAGCUCUCGGUCGACAAGAAAGAACCAGUACCGGCACUACUCAACCCGAAAGCGGAGACAUUUAGACCGAAGCGGGAUGCUGCUGUAGCGGCUAAAUUGCGUGUUCAGGAGAUCGCGGAGGAUGAACAAUAGACUUAAUUUCAAGUGAACAUUUGGACACUGAACUGUGAACAGUCAGAACGAUGUAGAAAUAUACUAAGGUUGACAUUUAGUACAGUUGUAUCAUUGGUCAAUCUCCAGAUGUAUUGGACGACAUUUAUCUCAAAUAGUAGAUAAAUGGGGGGAGAGUGUUGGAGAUUGUCAAUAUUUAAUAUUUAACAGUUUAUGGCAUACCUGAAGUUAAUUAAUGCGCAAGUGUCAAUCAAAAAGCAUGCGGUUUGUACAUUGCAAGAAUUUUGUGUGAUUGUGUUGAGACGGGGCGAGAAUAAAUAUAUUUUUCAUAAAAGCGUUGAAAUCUCUACUUUUAGUGAGUUGUUGUGAAUAUAGGAGGCAAUUCACGACAGUAUACAAUAUUGAACAAUGAUCUGAAGUUGUCAUGCAACUGGCAACAAUAUUAUAUUUCAAAAUACCUGUAUAUGAUGAUAUUUUACAAAUAUCUCGGGAUUUUUGGACCAAUUUUAAACUAAGCAAGGCAAAAAGUCUCCAUUCAAGAAUAUAUCUUCUUCUCAAAAGGUAAAAUACUUAAAAUACUUGAUUAAAUUGUUUACCUCGACGGUAUGUAAAUUAACAGCGUUUGACUUGCAAGACGUCAAAAACGGACGAUUUCAACGCGCUGUCGUUUAUCGCGUAUUCAUUUGCCAAAAGAAGUAUUUUCGUCAAUUGAAAGCUUGCUUAUUAAAGAGCCAACUAGUAGAAGCAUGAUCGAUUUGGAGCUUUAUCGCAUGGUGAAAAUCGGUUUUGUUAAGAGGGUAUCGUAAAUGAAGUAAGUUAGUGUGCUCCAAAACUACGAUUAUAUCUAUUCCUAAAAGUAACUCAGAUUUCCUGUAAGUCAUGUAUACCGUCCUUUGAAUAACCGAAAACAAGAUUUUUAGGGUUUUAGAUUGAUUAGAAACGGUUGUCCUCGUGAAAUUUAUCUGUAAAAUCAGCACAUAUUUUCCCAGAAAAAAUGGCGAUUUAGGGUGGUCGUGUUAAAACGGCAUUUUCUCAAAGUUAAAAAAGCAUUGGACCUAAAAAAAUAUAUGGUGCAUUUUCCGAUAUAAUAAGGUAUAUCUGGGCAAAAUUUGAGCAAAAUCGAUUUUUCAGUCGUGGCCGCGCAAUGUCUCACAUGUUCGAUUUUUACUGACAUUCUCUCUUAAACAUCAAGACCGAUUUAUUCAUUUUAUGUCUGUCGUUCAGAUUUUUCCAUGACAUAGCAUGGAGCAAAUCUGUCGACCUGACAUCAUAAUUGGCACCUGUCAUAAUUCUUGCCGCCCUAUUUUGUAGUUUUUGUAAUUUCUCUCUGAGCAUGCUUCCACAAUUAUCCCAUAAAGAUGAACAAUAGUCAAAAUAUGGGAGAACGAGAGAAUUAUAUAAAUUUUGUAAUGUUUCGGACGGUACAAACGGCUUUACUCUUUUGAUGAUUCCAAUACCAGAGCCAACUUUCCUACAUAUUGUGUCUAUAUGGUUUUCCCAGCUCAUUCUUUCAUCUAGUUCUACUCCCAGACAUGCAAAAGAGGAAUAUCGAGUAACCGGUUUAUCAUUUAUCAUAACCUGUUCAUUACCAACUUUGUUUUUUAAGUUAUAGGGUGAUCCUAUAAACAUUGCUUUUGUCUUUUUUGUGUGAAGUUGCAAUUUAUUUCGAGAAAGCCAUUUGACUAUAUUUUCUAAAUCCUGAUUAAGUUUGAUUACUAGUUCGGAGAAACUUGCGGAAGAUGCAUAUAUUUGAGUAUCGUCAGCAUACAUGCCAGGAGUUGUGUUUUUCAGACAUCCUGGCAAAUCAUUUAUAUAUAGUAAAAACAUGAGGGGUCCCAAGAUAGAUCCCUGUGGAACUCCGCAUACAAUUUCCUUAGCCAACGAUGUGUGGCCAUCGACAACACAAAGUUGGCUUCGUUUCGUCAAGUAGGAUUGGAACCAUUUUAGCUCAAAAUCUUGAACACCAAACUGGUCUUGCAUCUUCCUUUAUAGGAUUUUAUGAUCAAUAGAGUCCAAGGCUUUCCUAAUAUCAACUGAAAUUAAUCCGGUUAUUUCUCCAUUAUCCAUAUUUUCAAACCAAUUGUCACUCAUUUCUAUUAAUAAGGACAGUGUGGAAUGUUUGGGCCGGAAGCCCGAUUGAAAACGUGGAAGUAGAGAAUUGUCUAUCAGAUAUUGAUAGAGCUGUCCAAAUACUUCUUUCUCAAAUAAUUUGCUGAUAAUGGGAAGAAUAGAUAUCGGGCGAUAGUUUUCACAUUUCGUUCUAUCUUCUGUUUUAUAAACAGGUAUUACCCUAGCUCUUUUCCAAUCAUCAACAUAUAUCCUAGUAGAAAUUGAGAGAUUAAAUAUAUAGGUCAAGGAUGGGUCAAUAAUAUCGCAAGAUAAUUUCAGCAUUUUGGCUGAUAUUCCAUCAGCCCCGGUAGCCUUGGAUACUUUUAGAUUUUUCAAGUUUUUUAGAAUAAUGGAUUCAGUAAUUGUAUGGAAAUAGAAUUUUGAAUUUUCACCAAUUGAAUUACAAUGCUUGUCUUCAUAAUCCGAAAGACGUCCACAUUCAGCAGCGAGUGCUGGGCCAAUAUUAACAAAAUAGUCGUUUAAGUGCUCAGCAAUUUGUUUGCAAUCAUUAUAUAUUAUGCCAUUAAUAUUAAUUUCUGCAAUGUUAGAUGAUUUCCCACCUUUGCCCAAUAGGGUGUUUAUCAGUGACCAUGUUUUUUUUUCAUGUCUUUAGCUAGGGAAAAUUCCUUAAUUCUUGUUUGAUAAUAGACAGUUUUGGCCCUUUUCAUUUCCGAGUUAACUUCAUUUCUCUCUCUAAAUUGGCUUAAGAAAGCUCAAAAGGACGAGCGUGUUCUCAACCACCUCGAAGAGAACGAUAUCAAGUGGAUCUUUAAUCUGUCUCGAGCCCCUUGGUGGGGAGGACAGUUCGAACGCCUUAUCGGAGUGGUUAAAGGUGCAAUGAGAAAAGUGAUCGGGAAAGGAAAUUUGCAUUGGAACGAGCUGAGCGAAGUGUUACUUGACGUAGAGAAUCAGAUAAACCGUCGUCCCUUGAGCUACGUUGAAGAUGAUGUGGAGUUACCGGUACUAACUCCAGCGAGUUUUCUAUUCCAGAGACCCAACCAACUGCCAGAAGCUCAACCUCACAACGAAGAGAACAGAGAUCUCCGAAAGAGACUGAAGUUCCUAAGAAACUGCAAAGACCAGCGGUGGAAUAGGUGGAGACGAGAAUAUCUGACAGCACUAAGAGAACGCCACAACAUGAUGUCUGGAAACACGGGUUUCCAAGUCGCCAAAGGGGACGUUGUAAUCAUUCGGACCGAUGACAAGAACCGCGGCUGCUGGCCUCUAGCAGUGGUGACCGAAACAUUCCCUGGUAAAGAUGGAGUGACGCGAGCUGUGAAGCUUACAACGGAGAAAGGAGAACUUGAACGUCCUGUACAACACCUUUAUCCCCUAGAGUUGUCCUGCGACGCACAGAAGGAAAAGAAGAAAGUUUCGGAAUUAAACCCUAACGCCCCGACAUUCCGUCAACGAAGAGAUGCCGCAGUCUCAGCAAAUGCUAAGAUCCAGGAAACAAUGGAACUCGAACAGUAUGAGAUUUCACUUUAGUAAAACAUUUACUCUAAUUUUGUUAUGUUUUGUUUAAAUGCAUGGUUGGGUUUUAUAGAGAACAUGAACUUCUCCCAAGUUCAUGGGGGGAGUGCGUUGGAGACAGGUCAAGUUUUAUUAUCUCAUAGUUAAUAUUAGUUAUUUAGUUAAUUAGACGAUCUUUAAUCAUAUAGUUAGAUGAGUGACGGCUGUUACUAGGUGAGAGAGAACUGAGGCAGAACUGAUAAUAUAGAAUAGAGAGGGAUGGGACAUAUAGCAAGACCGAGACGUGAGUGAUUUAAUAUACUGUGAUUGAGAGAAUAUAAUAAAUUUAUAAAACUUUGUUGUGAUCUUUGGUGGACUACACUUCUAACCAACGGAGGCAGAAUAUCCACUAAAUUACCUUCAUAAUUUAACAUCAUUUAUGUUUGUGAUUGAUGUUCAAGCGGAUAUUUUUAGCAUGCAGAAUACUCGCAAUAUUCGCGUAUUCGGCAGCGUACAUAGCACAUUCAAAUGCUGGAUUGCAUCACUGCCAGUACACUACAUUCUAAUUACUUUAGCGCACAUGAAUUACUGCUAGCGAAUUCAGUGCAAUCUGCUUUGCGUGCGGUGGUUUCCUUCUCUGUCUACUGGCAUUUUAUAACCAAGUGCGGCGGCUAAAUAAACUAAGUGCGUCACAUGUAGUCAUAUCAAAACUGCCAAAAAGAAUCGCCGCGCAAUUACGAAACAUGUUUUACUUCGUAAUAUGUAGUGUUAGAACGAUGUUCAUACUUUGUUUUAUUAACUGUGGUUAGUUAAAAUCAAAAUACCUUGCAUAUAAUAUUUUAUAAUAUCAUUGAAUUGCCCCCCCCCCCCCUGUAUAUUAUUAUUAUGUAUAUCUCCUGUGGUGCAAAAUGCUCUAAUUUGCAUAAAUUAUGCACGGUUCCAGGUUCCGGUUCCUUUAUCGCUGUAUCGCUUUUUAGUAGUAGCCUUUCUGCUCGUCACUUUCGUACAGUCUUCGUGCUUCUGGUUUCCUCUACAAUAGGCACAAUUCAUUGUUCCAGAGAAAAGAGUAUUAGCAGUACUAGGUUCGCGUCGACGUCUCGUGCCGGUUACUCCCAUCUUUGUUGUUAGCAGGUAGCGACGUCAAGGCAUGCACUUACGUAAUUCAACUUCAGCUUGGAAGAUGUCCACAAAAUCCUUUGUACUCCAUCCUGGGGGAAAAUGAGGUCCUCGAAAAGCAGGGCUGCUUGUGUUGUGUUCUUUCUAGGGACAUGUCAUUUUUUGUAAUUCCUAGGUGCAGGUUUUAUCAUCUGGUAUAUCUGAGAGUCCAAGUUCAAUAUAAUCGAGAACCUGAUACAAAGUGGCUGAAACAUGUUUACAACAGCCACCAGCGCCAGCAGGGUAAUAGCAUUUUGCAUAGGCAAUAUCUCCUGAAUGUUGAUGAAGGUGGACAUAAACAAGGUACAGUGUUUUCUUCAUUUCUGCAUUUACAUGGCACUGUACAAGAAAAUGAACUGCUUCAUUUCCUUUCUUUCCACUGGGUUUCACCAUGAUCUGCCUUUGAUAACCUGCUUUAAAUAGUUGUAUCCACUUUUCUUGUGCUUAAAUACCUCAGCAGGCUUGCCAUCAGGUGUUUAUUUUUUCUUCUAGUACCAAAUGGUCUUACAAUUUUUUGUACGAGAAUCCAGGAAUAAACUUUAAAUUCUUUGUCCAACCAUCUCCCAAUGCUGCCAAAUCCUUAUCUUCCUCCGAUGAAGUACCAGGCUCAAUAUCCAUCAAAAAAUUUAUAUUAUUUAAACCUAUAUAUAUAUACCUUAAUUACUUAUUUCACUAUUUACAAAUUUAAUCCUUAUAUUAGGGCCUGCCUGAAGAUUAAAAUACCUAAAUUUACUAUAAAUAACUAAAUUUAAAAAAUUGACUAUAUUAUAUUCUACUACCUUAAAUGCAAAUUUAAAACGGUUUUUCCUACGUUAAUAUAACUACGAACUUAAUAUAUUUUAAACCGAAUAUUUUAAUACUAAAAACCUACUUGUUUAUUUUGACAGGAAAUAAACCGACCACAACAAAGGGAGCAGAAAAAUAAGCGACAACAGAGGCAAAAUGCUUUCUCUUUGGCGUUUUUGUAAAGUAACGGAGCCGGGGCAGAAAAAAACGGUUUGAACUUCUUCUAGUUCGAGCCAAAACAUUUUAAGGUCUCUUUAAAAACAUUGUGUUUGAGCGCCAUGCUGAUCGAACGAUCGACAGACAUUUUGUCAUGAAUCAUGAGUCGAUUUCAACAAGCGAAAAAAUCCGCAGGAAACACUCGAUCGUUGUCAAAAUACGAGAUAUACAUCGAGAAAAAACACAAAUAUUUGUAGUUUAAAAUGGUGAGCUGUCCGAUGUUUAGGCCUACUAAGCGUGCUCACCUUAAAAAGGUUGGGAAGGCCCUUCCUCUUGGAACGUAUUUAUGAGCACACUGUUCGCUCCUCAGUUCUUCUACAGGAAUUUUCUCGUCCAUUUUCGGUUCGAUUUCGCUGUACUUUCGCUGUACUGUCAAAACAAACUCUAUAGCAUUACAAAGUUCUCCUUUGUUUUAAAAUUUUCAAACGUUACGAGCAAAGUGUUAAAAAUAAACUAUAUUUCUCGCAUGCAAAAUGCUCGCUCCAAGGCGGCCAUUUCGCGCCCAAGUGAAGGUUACCAUUUUUCCCAUGAUGCUUUGGUAACAUGCAAGUUUCCUAUUGAACAACUGAAAAAGCAAAUGUCCGAUGGAACUUCCACUUGUCCAUUGGAUCCAAUCGACAAGCAAAAUUGGAUCCAAUGGACACUUUUGUUUGGCUAUCUCAAUUGCCUACUAUCUACAUGACGUCCAUAAGCUUGUCAUUACGUCAUUCAAAGACAUGUUAAUUGACAAACUGGAGAAGCAAAUGUCCAAUGGACAUUCCAUUUGUUCAUUGGACCAAUAGACAAACAAAAUUCCAAUGGAUAUUUCCAGGUCUAUUGGACAUUCCAUUUGUCCAUUGGAUCCAAUGGACACGCGAAAUUCCAAUGGACAAUUAAAGAUCCAUUUGACAAAUGGAAUGUCCAAUGGCUUUUUGAUUUUUCCAUCGGACAUCUUGCAUGGGUAUUGGACAUUAAUCAGGCGAAGGGCACUUUGACAUCGGAAAAAGGGCAUUUUUUGUGACUUCUUAAAACGUGUCCUACGCCCCUGCCAGCAACCUUGUAGCGAGGCUGUGUUUAUCAAGUUUGUACCAAUUCUGCCAAUGUCAAGUUAUAACGGCAUUGUUGACGGCAAGAGUUUUGAGACAAAAACUGAUUGAAUUUGAACAAUAGAAACCAGAUUUUAUUGAUGCGAUUAACAGCAGUUGGUUAUUUUUGAAGUUUGAAAAGAAAAAUAUAAUUGAAAAAAUAGGUACGAAUGCGUACAUGUGGCCAGCCAAAAUUUGUUACUAACGAAUUUUGGCACACUUAAAUGUGCCAAAUCAGUUAAUUAGACAAAUCAAGACAUCAUCACAUAUUUGUAAGUUGAACGUCAUAUAAUACUCUUUAAAUAACAUAAAAUAACGUAUUUUUAGAAACUGGUCAGUGAAACACGUUGGUUCCGGAGUGUCGGCAACUUCGGCAACUCUUGACAAUAGAACAGUUUGCAAAAUCGAAAAAUUACAGACAAAAUACAUGUAUAAGUACUUUGGCGGACACUUCACACAAUAUUGGUUAGGAGCCUGAGGCUUAGGUUACCAUUUAACAUAACCACCCAUUUGUUGCCGCAAAUCUUAAUUCUUAGAUCCCUUUUGGCUUAAAUAUCAUGCACUUACUAUAGCCUAUCAAAAAUUUUAUGAUAGUAAAAUCAUUGAUACAGUUUUGUUACACAGUUAAUCAGCUAUUAUUCAAAGGCUUAGGGAAAUUAUUGGGGGAGGGGGGAGGGGUGCCCUUCGCCUCCCUAGUGUUUGCCACUGCCAAAAUAGUGGGUAAUUGAAUUUUAACCAAAGGUUAGUGCUAAUCCUGCUUUGAACACCUGGCUGCAGAAGUAAAAUUGUCUAGGUAAGUGUUAUUGAGUAAAAUCAUCUGGCAUCAUACAAAAUAAAAGAACAAAAGUGGGGUGCAUUUCAGCAUAUAUUGCAACGACCAACUAUAAGAAAGCCUUCAGCUGAAUCUUGAUUACCAUACCUAACUCAUUACAGUGCGUCUACAGUAAGUAGGGCCACUUAGAGAACACUAACCAAUCACAUUGCAGAACAAAAAUUGAAAAAACGGCGCAUUAGCCAAUCAGCAUUAGCCCAAAAACAAUUUGAACAAAUAAAUGAAUGUAAAACGGUAAAAAUAGACUUGAAAAGUAAACACUGCAGUUAAUGGCUUCCUGAAUCUUUCUUUUGAUUGGACGAGCUUUAGUUUCAUUAGAUUUUUGUUUUUGUUCUGCAAUGCGAUUGGUUAUUAUUCUCUAAAUGGCCCCACUUAUUGUAGACGCACUGUAACAUCCACACUUUUCCUUUGACAAGUAAAAUCAUCUGGCAUUAGACACAUGCGUACAGAAAUAGACAAACCAAAAUAGCACUUGGGUAAUUGACUUUUAACCCAGGGUUAGCACUAAUCAUGAUUUGAACAACUGGCUCUACAAGUAAAAUUGUCUAGUGUUAUCGAGUAAAAUCAUCUAGGGCAUAAUUUUUUCAAUAUAUUGCAACUUAGUGGGAUAACAAGAAAUAUUAGCAGAUUGUUUGGUUAAUCGUCUGGCGUUUAUACACAGAUUAAAACAACAAUAUGGGGUCAAUUUGAGUGCAUUGUACCAGUUUAACAAGAUAUAUUCAUAUUUGAAAGCUCUCACCUUGUCAAUCUGGCAUAAUUUAUGCACAAUUAUAUAUAAAGACAAAAACCAGUAAAACCAUGCACGACAAAAGUAUAUACAAAAAGACAAAAGCGACGACAAAAGUAAAAGAAACAUUGCACACUGAACCAAUGCGGCAUAGUGUAACACUGAUUAAAACAACAAAGUACUAAAGUAGCUAGAGUAAAUUUGGGUGCAUAUUUGUGAAGUAUGAGUUUGAGACAUAUUGCAAGCUCUCCCGUUGACAACUAUUAAUAUGCCUAAACCAAUGCGGCAUAAUGGGUUAAUUGAAGCACACAAACAGCAUUUGAGGAUGCUAUUUUAUAAGAAAAAAGCUUACUUACCUUUAAAUUUUAAGAUCCGAAAAGUCUCUGGCUCAAAAGCGACGUUUUAAAGGACAAUGGCACCGAAAAUUUUUAUUGGCUAUUUCAAUCCUACUUGACGACCUAACUAUGAAAAUAUUAACAUUUCGUUCUCAAACAUUUUAGUCUACGGGUAAAAUGCAUGCAAACAUUGUGUUUCGCCGCCAUCUUGGAAAUAUUUUUUGAAAAAUUAUCUCGAAGGUCAAUGAACUUUGACGUAAUUGGCUGGGUAGCACCAAAACUACAAGUGAGAAUUCUAUUACGUGCGUGUUAUGUUAGCUAAAAAUAUGUCGUUUUGAGCGUUAUACUGGCCAACACUCUUCGCAAUCAAACAAGAUAAGUCUACACUAUCAGAUAAAAACAUAUCGUGCGACUGGGAAAUCAAGGAAUGGCGCAAUUUACAAUACAGGUAAUUGAUCAUAAAAUAUUGCAUUAGUAUUUGCCUUGUUACACUCGAAUUUCUGCGUUUAGUUAACACGGAGUAGGAUAUACUAUCAGAAAUAGUGUUACAAACAAGUUACAUACUUGGUAAAACUUUGCUGCCUUUUGUUUCGGCUCAAAAUACACUACGCGUGGCAAUACUCGGUAUUGUAUAUAGUCAUGAAUUGUGUUUACCCAGCCACUGACGUCAGGUAAUGUAUUCUGUGGCAUAAAUUAGCAUACGCGCUUAUUUUCAAAAUGGCGAACUUUUUAUCAAAUUUUCUCAACAACUAAACGCGACAAACAGGCCAAAAUAUGAAAUUAAAUAUUCCGCAAGUAUACCUAAUAGAUAUAAGUAAUAAAAAUUUUGGGUGCCAAUGUCCUUUAACGCAUUAAAAGAACAGUUCUUUUACAAACACGCGCCGUAGAUCUAUAUGAACAACUGGAGUUACACUUUGUGCUCUUCCGACAAACAUUGCAAUCUAGGUAUAUGAAUGUGCCUAGCCCGAUAGCCACAAAAAAGUAGGUAAGUGUCAUAAUUUAAGGCAUUUGUUAUUUAAUUAAAUUAAAAGAUGGAGUCUUAGUGAGUAUUAUGACUAUAUCACUUAAAAGCCGUCCGGUAUUCAGAUUACUAGCUGCAGUGUGUAUAAUUUCAUUUAAAUUAUUAAAAGAGGCUGUAAUUUUCUCAACAUCCUAUUUGGAAUGAAAUUUGGCAGAUUUAAAAGAGUAUUGUAAUGUAGUCACGUCAUGUCACGUGAUGUAAGAUAUAUCUAGGGAUCAGAGAGAGACCACGUGUAAUUAAUAGGAAUUUGAUAUUGAAAGUAAUAAAAGUACAUUUCUGGUACAACUUAGUAAUGAAGAAGUACAUUAUAUUUGGCGACGAGGAUGGGAUUCGAACCCACGCGUGCAGAGCAUAAUGGUUGCUAAUCGUAGGGCAAAAGCGAAGAGUUUAUAGAUUAGCGAAGAAUUACACAUCGCUCACGCAGUCAGAUCGACCCAAGCUUGUAUCGGACAAGAAUUUACAAAAUCAUUACGCUAACCAUUAAUUUUCAGGACGAAACAAUACGAUUAAAAUCAACCAAAAAUUGUAAAUUUGGAACAAUUCCCUCAUAAGUACCCUACAGACGAUCUCUCGAUAAUCAACGAGUCACUACCAACCGAAGUUGCAAUUGAGUAAAUCACUCAAAAUUUCAAGAACAGAAAAAGUCAAGGCACCGAUCGAAUAAAAUCCGAGCAGCUGAAAUAAUCAGGCUCCGAGAAUUUACUAAAAUACCUCAACAACUUGUAACAAGCUUGCUAAUGGUUAUAUUAUCAGACUUGUUACAAGGCUGUUCUAUAACAAGUCUGAUACAGUCAUGAUAUAACAAGAAUGUUACAAGGUUGACCACACAAGGUUGUAACAUGUUUUAUUAUAUGGCUUUUCAAAAUUCUCAAUUCUGAUUGGUUUAUAAGCGGUCCGUAAAAAAUCAUAUCCGGGCAGUGGUCCGUAUUUUCCAACAUGAGCUCCACCUUUGAAUUUACUAUAUGAGUAAAUUCUUAAACACGUCCGAAUUUAUCAUUAUGAUAAAUUCGCGGCACAUUUGGAAUUUAUCAAUAGACUGUUAAUCAUAAAACCACAAGCAUUAGACAAGACUUCUUGUAAUAAAUGUAAUGGCACUAAAGAUUUUCAAGUUUUUUAAAAAAAUAGAUUUAAAAAAGUUUUAAAAGAGUUUGAAAAAGCAAAAAAGUUUAAAAAGUUAGAUUUUUAAAAAAGUUUAAAAAGUUAAAAAAAAAUUAAAAAGUUAAAAAGUUAGAGUUAGGGGUUAGUGGUUAGGGUUUGGGUUGGGGUUAGGGUUAGUGUUAGGUGCCACGAAUUUAUUAUUAUGCUAAAUUCAAAAUGUGCCGCGAAUGUAUCAUAAUGAUAAAAUCGGACGUGUUUAAGAAUUUACUCAUAUAGUAAAUUCAAAGGUGGAGCUCAUGCUGGUAUUUUUCGUAUCUAGACCGGUGUCCCGGAUGUCGUUUAUCUGGCGGGAAAUUUUGCUUUGCAAACAGAAAAUUUUAUGCUUCUUAAUUUUCCAAUUGUGUGUCAUUAAAAUUUACAGAUAACAAUUUCAAACAACCAAAUUCUUUUUGAUUGAGCAUGCAUGCCUACCGUAUAUUGUUACCCAGUGAAACUGACGAUAGCCGAUUUAAUUCGCGCGAAAAGCAUAUGCUCACAGACUCAGUUCAGCCAUAUAAUAAACCGAUUAUUGACCUCGCUUGUUCGGUCUGUUCUGUGAAAUAUCAGACCUCUGUUUUGCAUGGACCUCGCUCCUUCGCCGUUCGGACCAUGCUAAAAAAUCUCGGUCUGAUAUUUCACAGUACAGACCUCACGCCCGGUCAAUAAGCCGUUAAUAUUGUUAUAUCAUGAACGUAUCGGACUUCUUGGAACAACUUCAAACUGACUUGUUGACGGCUUGUUGGCAGACUUGGAGAUUUUUGCGUGCGUAGUUGGGCGCGUUUUCAGUGGCAAGAAUACAUUUAGUUUGAUGGAAUCUAAACGAUUUUGCUUUAAUAAUCCGAACCAAAAUUACAAUUUUUAUUCCGGGACCAGAAGUGAUAUUCUUUCUACAUUAUGGACCAAAGAUACAUAUUUAUAAAUCAAAUUUAAAUUUGUGAAUGACAAAUUUUAAGGGGCUGUUUAUAUGAUCCAGCUUAAGCGAGAUUCAAUGAAGUGUGAAUUGUUUUGAGCACUUCAAAUACUUUUUAAGCCCUAAACAAAGGUUAAACAACAUUAAACAUUGUUUAAACGAAUUUAAAAAUGCGCUAGAAGUUAUGUGGUGGAAGAAGACGAUUAACAGCAUUCAAUAACAUUUAUAUUUUGUAUAUACACUGCUAAUUUAUGGAGUGUUAUAACCGAUUUGGGUGUUGAUUUAGCACCAUAAGUUCGACGGUUGAUUUAUAGAAGUGCAAAUUUAGCGUCUUUGACAAACAAGGGUCAAUUUCGGAAUCAGCGCAUUUGUUGACAAUUUCCCUCUAAGCCAAUCAAAUGCGUAAUUGGUUAUUUGUAGGUAGUUUCUCUGCGAGCACAGAAAGACCACUUCUGGUAAAAACAUACAUUUCAACAGAAAAUAAAGGGUCUUAAAUAAAGCUUCGAGAGGGUCAAGAUUUUUAAUUUUUUGAUUGAAUUCUAUAACAAACGUACUUGCAGGGAGGUGAGUCCGGGAUUGGACGCACCGAGGGUGGCUGCGCGUUUCCCUUAAUACUUCUCUAUCUACGUCUAUAUUACCUUUAUUGCAUUUUUUCUUUGGUUUUUCUUCAGUCUCAGCAGGUUAGUUAACGAAAAAAGUUCUGUAAAAUAUACGUUUAUCGGCUAAAUCCACUGCUAAAUCGUGUCCGCCAUAUUUGCUAUUGUUAUUGCAACGUGUGCAGUUUCGCGGGUGAGUUCGGCGAAAAGCAGGUGAGUUCGGGCAAAAAGCAGGUGAGCUAGAUGACAAGCUCACCUGCUCUAAACCAAUCAGAAAGCCGCUUUUAACACAGGUAUGGGAUAAAACUGUCGACAGUCACAGGCAUAAAGUGUAAAGUCGCCCAGAAAUGAAAGACGAUCACAUACAAUCAAAGUAGGCAAGUAAAUAUAAUUUCAAAAUAUAAAAUUCAUUACAAAUUUUACUAUGUAGUAUAUUCUAUAAUUAUAUAUUUAAUAUAUACUGAUACACGUCUGGGCCACUUGUGACCCACCAGGUGUUUCGAAUGUGUAUGCCUACCUAGAAGCUAUUAUGUUGAACCGAUCGCAAGAAGCGACUAAGAAUAUCGGUUCAAAGACUCAUGAAAGAGCUAGAGCUCAACAUCAGCGUUUAGAUAUGAACUCAAUUAACAAUGCUACGUUGAAGUAGAGUGUAAAUAAACCACUAAACUAGUGGAGUAUAAUAAAAAAUAUUCCUGUUGUUAUUUUGCGUGCCUUUUUCAUUUGUCAUGAGGGGAAUGUCUGAACAUUUUUUGAUAUUAAUUAAAGGGUAUGAGCAACAAAAAAAUUUAUUGUUUCAUCUGAAAGAGCAUGAAAAAUUAAGCCGAUUGGCCGUUUAAUGCGCUAUUCUAUCUCAUCUAGUUCCGAAGUUAUACGCAAAAAUGUGCAAAAUAUAAAUUGCUGAUUCAGCACAAAGUGUGACGUCAUUAGCUGGGUAAGUAUGUUUAUUGAAUACUACACUGAAGCAUAGCUCAGUUAUUAUGGGCCCAAUUAAUCAAAUGAAAUUUUGGAUACUGAUUGUACAUGAUGAGACGCAUGGAAAAACACUUCUAAUUUUGUUGCCAAGGUAACAAUGUCGUUCCCAGGCCCCUUGCGCCAAUUUUAUAAAACAGCUUUAUUCAUGGUACUGAUAAGAAUAAAAUAAUAUCAGAA